ACUACUACUUUUCAAACACUGAAACUAUCGAGUUAGCGCUCUUGUAACUGAGAGAGUCGACGUGAGCCCUUACAAAACUUUCUACCUUCAGAAGGUACACCAGCUGUGGUCAAUUCCAGACCGAAAAAGUUUUUGCAUUACGAUACAGCAGCGCUCUAUUUGGAAGAGAAGUGCAUGUACAGAGAACCUAAAAAUGAAGUGCUGCAAGUUAGUUACUGUCUGCCUAGUAAUGACUGCACUAACUCUUGCCGAGGAAGAUUUGCCAUCGGAUAAGGAAGAUUUACUAUCUGAUCCCAUAGCUGGGGAGGUUACAAUAAAUUCAAACAACCGCACAAAAAGAGUCGAUGUCACGAAGGUAGCAAAGAUAGGAGCAAAAGCAGGAAUGCGGGCAUUAAAGAUAGUAUCAGAUUUGACAAAAAAAGUAGGAGGGGAUAUAAAGGACAAUGCAAAGAAAGUAAAAGUUAUGGCAAAAAAUUUAGGAAAAAAGGAUGUAGGAAAAAAGGCCAAGGACAACACAGAAAAUGUCAACGACAAAGUAGAUGAUGCGAACGAUCAAGUAAAAAAAAUGGAUAAAGUUAUAGACAAAGCAGAACAAGAUUUAAAAAAAGCUGGAAGAACGGCAGCAGAUACAUUAGAAAAAUUAACAGAUAAUGCAAAACUCAACGCCGGGAAACCUGAAUUCAUGGCAUUGAAACUACAAGUAGCCGAAAUGAAAGGACCAGUCGGCUUCGAUGAAAUGAGCAAACAAGAUGACCUCGAUAAGGCUACAGGCAAACCUAAUUACGUAGGUGAUUUUCACUCGUCCGAUAGUGUACAAAGACCUCGAGCCGAAGACGACACAACGCUUACGAACAGCGCGACUAGCACAGGGAGCUCUACUGAUGCUCUGUCAACUACGAACAUCGCACCUAUUGCAGAGAACUCUACUGAUACUAUAUCAACUACUGUGAUGACAACUACCGAUGACGAAGUUACGGCUGUUCCUGAGAAUUCUCCACAGGAAGCUAAUGAUGGGUGUCGCAGUUCGAUUUCGAUUGUCGCUAUCUUUUCUUCACUGGUGUCGAUGCUAUUUCUUAAAAUGUUCAAUAAUAUAAGUGUAUGAAAGUGUACACGUGCAGUGGGUUUAUAACUUGUGAAAAUACCUAUGUAAUCCAACCAGGAUUAGUUGCAAUGAUAUUCAUGGUUCUUUAUAUGAUAAUUAAGUCUUGUCACCCUUACCUUGUACAAACAAAGUGUAUGAAAUAACUGAUCCGCUCUUCAGUCUUCAUGAAUACCAGAUUCGUAAGAGUUCCCAGUUACAGCAGAAGUUUGCUUUGCUUUCACUGGUUUUAGCAUAUUUAAGGGUUAUGAUCUUUAUUUGAUUUUACGGAUACAAACUGUUUGUGACUUCUGCAGUAUAUCACUAACAAAU